AUGCUCUCCGCUAUUCUCGCCUCCGCCAGCAUCGCACCGAUUGAGGCACAAGAUGAUGGCACGUUGAGCGACAAGGACAUCGCACCAGCAGUGGGCGACGAGAUCAGCACAGCGCAAUCUUCGCAGCCCGUCGCCGGCGGGUCGUCGGCGCUCUACAUCGUUCGCAUGCGAAGCGUGCCUCCCGUCGCCACGUACACAGGUGGCAUCCCCGGAUUCGACGCCACCGCGCCCUCCUCCAAAACAGCCGCCGCCGCUGAUGUCGGCGCGGGAGUCGCAACCCUUGCGCAGCGCGCCGGCCGUGCAGGCGGUCGUCUGGCGCAGCGGCUUCCGCGCAUCGACCUCCGCCGGGGGCCAGCGCGCGCGUUUGCGCAGAUGCUGGGGCGGAUGCAGAAGCAGGUAGCGUGCGACGUCGGGCUUGCGACGAGCCGCGUGCUGUACAGCUACAAAUACGCGAGUAACGCUUUCGCCGCGGAGCUCACGCCUUCGCAGCUGCGAAAGCUACAGCGGCACCCGAACGUCGCCGACGUUGUCGCGAACGUCGCGAUGCGCAAGCUGACGACGGACUCGUCGGAAUUUCUGAAGCUGCCCGAAUCGGUGUGGGCGAGCGCGGGCGGGCAGGGGAAAGCGGGAGAGGGCGUGGUGAUCGGUAUAGUGGAUACGGGCAUUUGGCCGGAGCAUCCGUCGUUCAGCGACACGAACGCAACCGUUCCCUACGGCGCGCGGCCGUCCACGUGGCGCGGCGUGUGCCAGACGACCGCGGACUUCCCGCGCUGCAACGGCAAGCUCAUCGGCGCGCGGUACCUGAACGCGGGGUUCCGCGCCAUGACUGGCGCGCCGGUGAGCCUUACCGACGACUGGCGCUCCGCGCGCGACGCGGACGGGCACGGCACGUGGUGUGCAGGAAAGCUCCACUCCUACCUCUCCUCCCCUCCCCCUCCCUUUCCCCCUGUCCUCCCCUCUCCCCUUCCCCCUGUCCCCCCCCCUCCCCUUCCCCCUGUCCCCCCCCCUCCCCUUCCCCCUGUCGUCCCCCCUCCCCCUUCCCCCCCCCGCACCACUCAUCCCCCCUCCCAUCUCCGCACCAGCGCGGCAGCAGGCAACGCGGGCGUGACAGUAACCACAUCCCGCGGGCAGACCAUCGGCACAGCAAGCGGCGUGGCCCCGCGUGCGCGCCUGUCAGUGUACAAGGUGUUCUGGAGCAACGCGCAGUCGGGCGGCACCACUGCCUCGUUCGCCGACAUAGAAGCAGCGGUCAACCUGGCAGUGGCUGACGGGGUUGACGUGCUGAGCCUGUCCUUGGGCGGAUUGGACACGUCAGCCACCUAUUUCAAUGACAUAUCCUACCUCAACGCCAACCUGGUGUGUGCGCUGCUCUCUGCCACAGCGGUGGCUGUGCCUCCGGCUUUCCUCCUGCUCGUGUCGCUCUCGUUCAUCUCUCUCCCUGCUCAUUUCAUCUCCCCCCAUUUUUCUCCCCCCCUGCUUCCCGUUGCUGUGUGUGAGCAGGCGGGCGUGACAGUGGUGUAUGCAGCUGGUAACAGCGGGCCUCCUCGGGACGAUUCUUCCGGUUACCGCACUAUCUCCAACUUUUCCCCCUUCUACCUCACCUCCCUUCUCCCCCAUCGCACCGUCCUCACCCAUACCUCCCCUCACUCCCCUCUCCCCCCCCUCCUCCCCCUUCCUCCUCCCUUCUUUCCCCCCAUCCGCAGCACCAUCAGCCGGCACUGUGCAGCCAACCUCACUCUCGGCGACGGCACCAUCGUCACCACCAGUGGUUACGGUGCCGGCGCCACGUCCCUCACCUCCACGCCCCUCAUCGAAGGCAUCGCCGCACGCCGCUCCUCCAUAUCCACCACUCGUGCGGACCAGUGCCUGUCUGGCGCUCUCAAUGCUACUCUUGUCUCCGGCCGGAUCGUCAUCUGCUCAUACGGUGGCAUGUCCACAGGGGAGAAGCUCAAUGAUCUCAGCAGCAAGGGUGCCAAAGCCGUGCUGAUGGUCAACAUUCCCGCGUCGCUCGAGCCCUUCACACCGUACCACGAGCUGCUGCCUAUUGCGUACCUCUCUGCUGGUGAUGCUGAUCGGUUGCGAACCUAUGUCCGCUCCACGGCCUCUCCUGUCGCCACGCUCGCGCCGUCCUUCUCCCGCCUCUCCGCCCCCACCGCCCCCACCCUUGCGUACUUCUCCUCCACAGGCCCCGUUGCGAACCCUUACACCACCCCCUCCCUCCCCAAGCCCACUAACGACAUCUUAAAGCCGGAUAUUAUCGGGCCAGGGGUGUCGCUGUGGGCGGCAUGGCGCAGCGAUUCUCUCUCCUCUGCGAGCAAGCCGUCGUUUGAAGCUAUCUCUGGGACAUCCAUGGCUACUCCGCACCUGGCUGGAAUCGCAGCACUUGUGAUGCAAAAGUACCCCUUCUGGACCCCAUCUCAAGUCAUUUCCGCGAUUGUCACAACUGCGACCCGUAUCAAUAUUGCCGGGGCUCCCAUUGGCACGCCGGCUGGGGUUACGGCCACACCAUGGGACAUGGGUGGGGGCCAUGUGAACCCCUCUCGAUUGCUGGACCCAGGGCUGACAUACAAUGCGGGAGCCAUGGAUUAUUACAAUUUCCUUGCAGGAUUGGGGAUUUCAAAGGCCAAAGCAAUGCUUCCGAGAGGAGUCAAGCUGGCGGGGAUUAAACCAUAUGACCUCAACAGACCCUCAAUCUCGGUCCCAUGCGUCCGCUCUCUGUCGCCGGCGUCGUCGCCAUCGCUUCCGCAGCUCGUCGCGUUCGCGACCCCAGCCCGUCGCCUUCGAUCCGCCCGUCGCCUUCACUCCCCCCCGGUCGCCCCUACUCCCCCCCCUCCCCCCGCUCCGUUGCCUUCAUUUCCCCCUCCCGUCGCCUCCACUUACCCCUCUCGUCGCCUUCACUUCUCCCCCUCCCGUCGCCUUCACUUCCCCCCCGGAGUGUUCGCCUUCAUUUCCCCCCAUCCUGUCGCCUUCACUUUCCCCCCGGAGUGUUCGCCUUCACUUCCCCCCCUCCCGUCGCCUUCACUUCCCCCCCUCCCGUCGCCUUCACUUCCCUCCCUCCCGUCGCCUUCUCUUCCCCCCCUCCUGUCGCCUUCUCUUCCCCUUCCCGUCGCCUUCACUUCCCCUUCCUGUCGCCUUCACUUUCCCUUCCCGUCGCCUUCACUUCCCCUUCCCGUCGCCUUCUCUUCCCCUUCCCGUCGCCUUCUCUUCCCCUUCCCGUCGCCUUCUCUUCCCCUUCCCGUCGCCUUCUCUUCCCCUUCCCGUCGCCUUCUCUUCCCCUUCCCGUCGCCUUCUCUUCCCCCUCCCGUCGCCUUCAAUUCCCCCUUCCGUCUGCUUCAAUUCCCCCUUCAGUCGCCUUCACUUCUCCCCCCCGAUGCCUUCAAUUCCCCCGCCGGUCGCCUUCCCCGCAUGCCGCACUCGCUUUCCCGCCCUUCACACUUGCUUCCCCACCCGUCGCCUUCACUUCCCCUUCCAUUGCCUUUCGCUCUCUCCUGCUCACUCUCCCUGCUCACUCUCUUUCCCACUGCUCACUCUCUUACCCCCUGCCCACUCUUUUCCCCACCCUUCACUCUCUCCUCUCCUGUUCACCCCGUGUUCUCACCCCUCUUCCCCCCUUCACUCAACCGUUCCCCCCUGCUCAACCUCUUUCCCCCUGCUCUCUCUCUCUAA